CUCCUCUAUUUUAAAAGCCUUCUCCUUCACCUGAGAUAGAAAGAGCUGCAGCUUCUCGCGCGCACAUUUGUCUAUCAUCUGUCUCGGAAAAAAAUAUUCAAAUAGAAAAUUAAGCAACAAUCAGAGGAUCCUCUUUAAGGGAAUUUUGGAUCAAGUCGAUUCUAACCCCGUCUAGCAGAAGUUGAGGAAACCCUGAAAUCCUGAAAACCGAAGUUCUCCGCCUUUUGCCCUGCUGUGCACCACUAUGCCGGGAGCUGUGGAUCGUAUGGAGCUGAGGAAAGUCUCCACGGAGGCCGAUGACGACAGCACCGACAGCCUGGACGACCGCUUCACAGAGCCCAUCGAUGCUGAGAAGGCCACCAUUGACAGUCAGUUUAUGGAUGACAAUGAGGACGGAGAAAGUCAGAAGUUCCUGGCAAAUGGUUUGAUGAAGAAGAAGAAAUAUGAGGAAUACCAUGAGGAAUAUCAUCCCGGCCACACCUCCUUUGGGAUGUCUGUCUUCAACUUGAGCAACGCCAUCAUGGGCAGCGGCAUCCUGGGCCUAUCCUACGCCAUGGCCAACACCGGCAUUGUUCUCUUUACGAUCCUCCUCGCCGCCGUGGCCACCCUCUCCUUGUAUUCUGUGCAUCUGCUCCUUAUGACAGCAAAAGAAGGAGGAUCCCUCAUCUAUGAGAAGCUUGGAGAGAGAGCAUUUGGCUGGCCGGGGAAGAUAGCAGCAUUUGGAUCCAUAAUUAUGCAGAAUAUUGGAGCCAUGUCCAGCUACCUCUUCAUCGUGAAGUACGAGCUGCCUGAAGUCAUCCGAGCCUUCUUGGGUUUGGAGGAAAUCACUGGUGAAUGGUAUUUGAACGGGAACUACCUGGUCGUGUUCGUGUCCAUCGGAAUCAUUCUGCCUUUGUCUCUUCUGAAAAAUCUUGGCUACCUGGGCUACACCAGCGGCUUUUCACUUUGCUGCAUGGUCUUCUUCCUGGCUGUGGUGAUCUACAAGAAGACUCAGGUGCCCUGUCCUCUUCCCUACUAUUCCCACUACUCCAACCUCAGCAGUAAUGCCUCAGACAGGCUGUACCCUCUGAACCACUCGGCACACAUGGAUUUUUCCCGAGCAGACGUUUCCUCGGCGGUUCAAGGCAACAACGACGCUCAUCACUCCUCCGCCGUUCAUGUUGAGCCUCGUGCCGAGGAUGAGGAAAUGUGCACCCCCAAAUACUUUGUCUUCAACUCACAGACUGCAUACACUGUGCCCAUCCUGGCCUUCGCCUUUGUCUGCCAUCCUGAAGUCCUGCCCAUCUACAGCGAGUUGAAAGAUCGCAGCAGGAAGAAGAUGCAGAUGGUCUCCAACCUGUCCAUCUUGACUAUGCUCAUCAUGUACAUGCUGUCUGCGCUGUUUGGAUACCUCACCUUUUACAACAGGGUGGAGGCAGAGUUGCUCCACACCUUCACCAAGGUGUAUAAAUUCGACACCAUGUUGCUGAUGGUGCGUGUGGCUGUUCUGACUGCUGUCACUCUGACCGUGCCCAUCGUGUUGUUCCCAAUCCGCUCCUCCAUCAAUACACUAAUUUUCAGCGGUCGGGAGUUUAGCUGGCUGCGUCACAUUCUGAUUGCUGCUGCCGUCCUGGCCUUCAACAACAUGUUGGUGAUCUUCGUCCCCUCCAUCAGGGAUAUCUUCGGCUUCAUCGGUUCCUCUGCAGCCACUAUGCUCAUCUUCAUCCUCCCUGCUGCCUUUUACAUCCGCCUGGUAAAAUCAGUGCCGUUCCGCUCCCCACAAAAGAUCGGGGCAUUAGUCUUUCUCAUCGUGGGAGUCGUCUUUAUGAUUAGCAGCUUGUCACUCAUCGUCCUCGAUUGGAUCCACAACCCCCCAGGCUCCAGCGGGGGUCACUAAACCCCAACUUAGAUACACGUUUAGUAGUGCAGCAAACCCCUUCCACCCACUGCAGCUGGUCCAAGAUCUGGGAACAGGGAUGUGACACAACUAAUAUGAGAGAUUAAAAUCCCGGAGAGGAGGAAAACGGACUUUAACGAGCCACCAUGACAGCCUGAAAUCAUGUGAUCUUCCUGAUUUCUUCCAUCUAUGAAGAGCCGAACAAACCUGGCACAGAUCUGUGGACUGCAACUUGCAGGGGUGGAAAGACAAUACAAGUCCCUCGGUCCUCUGUGCACUUGAAGGGCUGACAGUUGGAGGUAGUGUGUCGUCCUUCACAAAACAAGGAGCACUUCAAGCAUUACCUUUAACACACGUAGAGACACAGUAAGACAUAUCUACACCUGUAUUUUUGGGCUAAUCUCAAAACCACGGUGAUUCUACAACAUAACUCAAUAAUGUAGAACUUUAAAUAAGGAUAGUUUUGCUGUUCUGCUAAAUGUUAACAACCAGAAUCUUCGCCAAAGUCUGCAGUUACCGGUCAAGUGGGUUAACACACACUCAAGGAUCUUCAAAGAAGCCAAGAGAUGCUUUCCGUAUUAGUGGAUCCGAAAAUGCAAGGUGUCAAUGUAAAUAGUUAUGUGUUUAGGUAGCGGGAGAUGUAACAAAUAUCUUACUUUGCUUCAUAAAAGGCAUAAGAGGCAAAAUGUUCCAAUCUUUCAGAAAACACAGCUGCUGCAAUAAGAAAUGUCGCCCCACAUUAAAUGUUAUACUACAUUAUCAAUCCCCAAAGGUAAUGGUGAUUUUCGGCAUUUAAAAAGAGACAGGAAAUAUGUUUAAUUUACAUAAUUUCUUGGACGGCUAGGUGCAUAUCAGACCAUAGGUAGUUUACAAAAAUGCACAUUCAAAUGUGAAUAAAAUACAACAAAAAAUUGGUAAAUUCAACUUGUGCCAGAGGCCUACUAUAAAUGUCACUCCUUCAAAAAUGAUAUCUAAGGAAAGGCCUUAACAUGAUUAUGUGGUCCUCAUCUUAGAAGAAUAUUCGGACAUUUUGGGAAUUGUAUUCCUUCCUGUCAGUUAAAUUAGAAGAUUGGUACACUAUGAAGCUAACGUUAAAGCCAGCAGUGGUUAGCUUGGAGAGUAAAUAUGCUAGCUAACUCCACUUAGAAACACAACUCGAUAUUUUUAUAUUUCAUAACUUUAACUAAUGACAAAUGGUGUCUGCAUUACUAAGCUUUAGAGGUGGGAUUUAACUUUGGACCGAGCAGGGUUAGUUGUUUUCCCACACCUACGUUCUUAUGCUAGGCUUAGCUAACCCUCUACAGGAGCUAGCUUCAACUUUAGCAUACCAUUUUUCAUGAAUGCACUGCUAGACACACUAAAAUACACACAAAUCUGCCUUUAAAGUAAACAUUUUUGAUGUUCAAGAAAAUGCAGAUAUUUAUUUUGUAAGUAUAAACAGGGGUCAUGAACUACAUUUUUAAAGUCAGUGGAUUUAUCGACACAUAUUUACAUACUUUCACUGAAAGCCUAAUGAAUUAAGUUUUAUUAUGUGUCAUUGCCCAAUUAAAUUAUUGUUUUUUUUGUAUUGGCCUUGUUCUCAAAUUGGCUGCUAAUACCGGUGCCUUUCUUUGGUAAAAUAAUUGACGACAACACCGAAACCUCAGUUCGCCUCUUCUUCGACGCCGUUAUGUGUCACCAACACAGCCAAAGUGGAAAACAUGUAUAGAUCCUUUGUGGAUCUACAUACAUGAAGCAAAUUUAUAUUUCAAAUGAAAUGGUGUUUUGUGCAUGUUUUUGGGUUACAAACAUGGUAUUUUUUGACAAUUGUAUAUGCUCUGUAAAUAAUCUUUAUUUUAUGGUACACUGACACACAUUGUCUGUGAGUGAGUUGAUGGGGGACCUUAAAAGUCUUCUGUAAUCCAGUGUUGGUUUUAGUAAAUAUAUAAAUAUAUAUACCGUGUAUUACAUUUUUUUUCUUGCUGUAAAACAGUAGUUUUUUCUUCCUUUAUUUGAAGCUUGUAUAUUUGUAGAAAAAGUGGUCUCUAUAUAUCCAUUUUCAUGUUUUAAUGUUAAUUCGUCAUAUCAGGAUAAAUUAAUCAAACAUAACAAAGUUCUUCCAGAAGUCUCAGAAGCAAAAGCAAAGUAACUGUAGCUUAUUGGAUCCUGCUGAAUAACCCUGGGGUGAGAUUAAAGGUCAAAUUCCUCGUACGUGUAAACCUACCUGGUAAUAAACCUGUUUUUGAUUCUGAUUCUAAAAAGCAAACAGAAUAUUAAAUAAUAAGGCUGUAACAAAAGUAUAACACGAUAAUCCAAAGUAUUUUCACGCAAUAGGUAGGUUAUUUUUGACAGAACACUUCAACCACGCAGAGUGAGGUUUAAUUUCCAUGAUGUUACUUGAAGUGAAUCUUUCCUCGGCAUGAUAGAGACAGCAGGAUAUAUGACUGUGAGGUCCACGCAGCCACUUCACUAUGAAUGUUAAAUAAUGGAUUGUUCUCAGUUAGAAAAUCUGGCUCACCUGCUCUUCAUUUUUUCACGGAUAUUUGUCUGUGACUUUAUUAGCCUCCUACCUUCAGUGGCUUAUUUUGCUCAGCUGUAGUCAACAGCUUUGUCUGUUCAUUAGCUUGAGUUUUAGUCUUUGUACAUUUCGCAUUUUAAAAAGGCUGCAGUAUUCUUUUAAAGAAUGCUUCCAGCACCACACCUCUACCCCCUUUAGUAUCUCAGGUAUCUAGUCUGUAUGGAUCUUUCUUCUCACUUUUGGACAAAUCACUUCAACUCUUGCAUGAUUGAACCAUGCUGUACAAUGCUGUUGUAUCUUGUGCUGACCUAGAUGAGGAGUUGUCUUGAGAAUCUGUUUUAGCAGACAAGUGUUUAAAGAGGAGUUGUACAGAACCAACUGCCUUGUUUUUCUAUAGAUCUCUAGCCAAGGAGAAGCACUGGCUCCAUGUUUCUUCUGUUCACAGCUGCUUCCUGUGGAUCAGGCCUAACAUUCACGUUUGUAAUUGUUCCCGAGCAGAGGGGAAUGUUUUUAUAUCAGUGAUGCUGUUUCAUUAUGAUGAACAAUAAAAAUGUGAAAUAAAAUAUGUUGUUUUUCA